GCAUAGGCAGUGGCAAACUUCGGAUAGCAUCCACCAAGGGCAGCCGGUAGCCACUGAAACCCAGCCGCCCUUUCCUCUCCGUCGGCUUCGGCCGUCCUCCCCGCGCGCAAUGCUUCGUCUCCCCGCUCUCCUCCCUCCUAAACCCUCGGCCCCGACCACCGGCUUAAACCCCACCCGGCGCAGCCAUGGCCACCGCGGCCCCAAACGCCUCCUCGCCUCCCCCACCACGCCGCCGCCACCGCCGCCGCGACGGACUCCCAGUCCAGCCACGGCCCCCAAACCCCUGAAGCACGAGCCCCGCGCCACCCCCCAGAAUCCCGAAGGCGCCGCCGCGGAGUUCCCCACAACCAAGCCCCGCAAACCACGCCGCGGCCGCCGAAGCGAGGCGGCCGCCGUGGAGGACUUCGUCCGCGACCGCCUCGAGCAGGUCUUCGCCUCCAUCCAGGAGCGCGACCCCGAAGUCCUCCAAGGCAAAGGCGACAUCCUGAAGCCAAAGGAGGAUGAAGAGCGGGUUCCAGAUGCGGAGACCAGGGAGGAAGAUGGGAAGCAGAAGACGGUGGUGGAGGAGGAGGACCCGAGCUGGCCGCUGGACGCCGACGUCGGGUGGGGGGUCCGGGCGUCGGACUACUUCGACAAGCAUUCCAUCAAGAACGUGACGGUGGACGGCGUGGAGAUCGAUUGGGAAGGAGAGGUCGACCAGGGCUGGGUCAAGGAGAUCAACUGCUUGGAGUGGGAGAGUUUCGCCUUCCACCCCAGCCCCCUAAUCGUCCUGGUCUUCGAGCGCUACAACCGGGCGGCUGACAAUUGGAGGUUUCUUCAAGAAUUGGAAAAGGCUACUAAGGUAUACUGGGAUACGAAAGAUCGGCUGCCUCCACGGACUGUCAAGAUUGAUCUGAACAUCGAGAGAGACCUGGCAUAUGCACUCCAAGCAAAAGAAUGCCCGCAACUGCUGUUCUUGAGAGGAAACAAGAUCCUUUACAGAGAAAAAGAGAUAAGAACAGCUGACGAACUAGUUCAAAUGAUUGCCUUUUUCUACUACAAUGCAAAGAGGCCAUCAUUCGUCAAUCCGGAAAUCCUUGCUCCUGCGUUCUAAGUUCCUGGUAUACAAGCGCUGAGAUUCUCAACUUUUGUGCUAUUGUAAUACUGAUAUUACCUUCUGCUGGAAAGUAUUAUUAAGUCAAUGUUCUGGGAGAAGACGUUGAGUCUCCUAGUUUGGUAAUUUACCUGGCUAAGAUGCAAAAGAGGGCAUUUUAGAUGCCUAUAGUGGAAAAAGAACUGAGAAAAAUCGUCUCGACGGGUUGUGUCAAGCAAGGAAGGUGUGACAACAAACACGUAUUUUGAUAUUCUGGCAGUCUUUUGUAGUGUAAUUUAGUACUUCCUCUGUCCCAAAAUAACUGUCUCAAGCUUAGUACAAAUUUGUACUAAAGCUAGUAUAAAGUUGAGACACUUAUUUUGGGACAGAGGGAGUAUCUAAGAGUAUAUUCUCGGUCCCUAGUAGUGAUGUUCUAGAUAGGACCAGUGGGGAAGCUACAAGAUGUAAUUUCCACUAGUGGGGAAGCUAGGAGAUGUUCUAGAUAGGAUUUGGGGCUAACUACGUUUUUUUAAGGUGUAAUUUCCACUAGUGAGCAAUGAGAAAGACUAGAUCACUGAA